AUGGCUUCAUCACCAACCUUUCCUUCCUAUAUCUCUGACGAGAUUCUAACCCGAGCAUCCUUGGAUAGUAUUGCCCGGUGCAGGCUCGUUUCGAAACAAUGGAACCACCUAACAUAUGAUUCAUGGUUCAUAAACCAGCUCUCACAAAGAACCAAACUAACUGACGGGGUUUUCAUCCAAACCUCCAUCAGAAGUAGACAGAUAUCCACCUUUGUUCAAACCGUGGAUAACAACAUCGACAUCUCCGAUUCCAAGCAUCUCUCCUUAAGCUUCCUGCCUCAGCCGGUUAAGAUUGAAGCUGCUCAUCAAGGUAUGCUAGUUUGUGUAACACAAAAACGUGUACCUCAAUACUAUGUCUGCAAGCCAACUACCAAGGAAUGGGAGCAGAUACAUAAUCCGAAAACGAGGUAUAUGACGGUGAAAAUUGCCUUAAUGGUGUUGAGAUCAAACCCGUUAAGGUACAAGAUUGUCCGAUUAUCAGAACCAAAGUGUCAAUAUUCCAAGAACAAGUACAACCUUAGGUGUGAGAUAUAUGAUUCCAAAGCUCGGGCAUGGAAACAGUUGUUGAACAAUGUAGCUCUACCCAAGGAUGCCUUCUUGAGCUGUACACCAGCAGUAUCAGCCUGCGGUGCACUCCAUUGGCUUUUGUCCGACCACCAAGUUGGAGUCUUUGCUUUUCAUGUAGAAGAAGAAAGCUGGGAAAUAUUUGCACCACCGUGCUCGGCGGUCGGUGAUCGUAAUAAGAAUAAGGUGGUGGACUACCAAGGACGUCUUGCAUGGAUUUGUGAAGGAGAGGGCUCCAUGGAGCUUUGGGUUAUGGAGGACUACAAGAACAAAGUAUGGAGUAAAAGACAGAUAAUAAGGAUCAAGGUACUGGAUCCUUUUGCUUCUUUUGCAACUCUUUGCAAUAACGAUGUUGCACUCAUGAGAGGAUUUUCAAAUAUCAUAUUUAACAAGUUUGGAGAUUAUAGUUCCAAGAUGGCAAAUCUAGAGGGUCUUACUCGAGCCGAUGAGAUCUUUAAGUUCCAAUCAGAUUCACAGGUUACUAACUUGAAAGGUCCAUUGAAGGGGCAAUAA